CCCCCCAAUAUCUGAUAGCAAACAUGCCUUCCUACCAAAACAUCACCUUCGGAGUCGAGCUGGAACUCAUGACCCCCUUACCCGACUCCUACCGCAUGUGGCGCUUCAUCUCCCCCUCAGCAGCAUCCCGUUUCAACAUGGCAGACCUCCUCGCAAAGCGAACCUCCCUCCCCAUCGCAGCGCAAUGCUGUCAUCCUCCAGAUGACAGAUGCACUAUUUGCGCUACGGUCCCCAAGGACAACCAAUUCAGCGGUGACUGCGUACUGCAAUUCCCAGAGAUACUGUCUUGUGGAGAAAUCGUCUCGGAGCGUUGUUUUAUAUUCAAGACUGAGUUUCUUGAACUCGAUCAUCCGUUGAGUAAAGAGCGAAUGUGGGAUGAUGUGGAGAUAACGACUCCUGUUUUUCACUCCGGUGAGUUGGACUCUGGACUUGCUACUGUGAACACUGCUCUAACGAACCUUAGACAACUGGAUCUUCAAAUUUCUGCUGAUGAUUCAUGCGGGAUGCAUGUCCACGUUGGUGUUGAAACAGGCAUGACCAUUCUUCUCGCCCAAAAGAUCGCCACCCUCGUUAUCCUUCUCGAGAACACUCUUCUUCUCCGUCUCGUCGCGCCUCCACGCUGGAAAAGUGGUUUCUCAAUGCCAGUCUGCGAAAACUCAUCUUUAGCAAUGGACAUGGACCUUCACAAGUCCCUCGAAGACCCUACCACACUCAAUCAGCAUGUUCCUUGUAUGGAUACUAUGAAACCAGGCAAGUGGAACAACUGGUAUCCCCAGCACAUUUACAAGAUGCUCUACGGCGUAUGGGGCAGCACUAUCCUCGCUGAUCUCAGUCUGCGCCUCAAAAAAGCACGUGUCCAUCGGUGCGGCUUCGCAAUGUCUUUGCGAGAUCACAAUGUAAGUGUUUCAGACCGUGGAGAGAAUCUUGAAGGGUCUCCUACGACUGUGGAGUUUAGAUACUCGCAGAUGACGUUCGAUCACGAGCUUUUGAGGAACUGGACCGAGAUUCUGGCGAGGAUUGUUGUCAUUGCACAGGCCGAUGCGGAGAAGUUUAAGAGCUGCGUUGGGAAGAUUAUCAACAUCAAUGGAAGGGAUGAUAAGGAUGUUUGGAAGGGUUUGAUGAUGGAUGUUCUUGGGCUUGGACAUCGUGUUCCGCAGUGGGAGGAGCAGUUGAAGCGUUUUGAGAAGGGUGAGUAUGUUUCUCAUCUUGAUGAACAGCUUCUACUUAAGUCUAUUUGAUUGCUAACCUGCAGCGUGAGCCGGGUUUGUCUUUUACAGCUGGCUGUUGAUUUGGGAAUUCAGGUAAGUCAAAGGUAAGUCAACUAACAAACAGGUGGUGGUUUACGGAAUUUAAGAAUAUGGGUGAGAGAAAAUUAAUAAUAGAAAUGCAAUUCUUUCGCAUAUUUACAAUUCACAUCGUCAAUUGAGAUAAAAUGAAGUCUCAUCAAGGGGUACAGGGUACGUUGACGACAUCACGAUCUUAGAAUGUAACCCACCCACGAGCCUAAGAUCUCAGAUCUAGCUUGGCAAAUGUUUGACAGAUAAAAUAUCCAUAAAAAC